CGCUCAGACUGCCCUCGUCGCGAUAACCGCAGCGCACGCCGCCGGCAGAACCGCCAGAAGCAGAGCCAUCUCUCGCGGCCGUGUGCACUAGGACAACAGUGACGCGGCAUCCGGCAGAGGAGUGGCGCUAGGCAAGGGCUAAAAUUUGCCAUGUCUCUCUACUCAUGAGGUGCUUCCAGAACAUGUACUACACGAAACAGUUUGCUGAAUGGAUCCGACUGACUUUAUUGCUUUGUAUAGCUCUGCAUUGCUGUCUUGGGAAAAUGGGGGACAUCAGCUUCGAACCGAGGAUCCUACUUAACAAAACCUGUGCUUUUACCUCUUGUCGCAGUGCGAGACAAGAAUCACCUAAUGACAUGGAUUUAGACACAUUUCUUACUGCCAGGUGUUACUGUGACCCUGAUUGCAAGAAAUUCCAAGACUGCUGCUAUGAUAUAUCUAACACAUCUUACUACGCUUACGAUCAAACCUCACUUCAUUGGAGCUGUUCACAUAUACCUUCGCAGGCAAAGGUGCUACAGAAUGGUACCUACCAACCACGUGCUUUGUCGUGGACUCUUGGCCAAGAUGAGUGUAAACUGAAAGUUGGGGCAGACUAUUCAAACAUAUCACUGGAUAAUGUAGUCAUGCGAAGAUGUUUGCCUCAUGUAAGCACUUGUGCCCUUGACUGGACAAAUGAAACAGUGGAAAACCUUUGCUACUCCUAUACACACUUUGUUUAUGGAAGAGUAAAUGGAGAAAAAAAGUUGCUGAAUCAAGCACAAACUUCACAUGAGACCUAUGAAGUGGCGCACACACUAAAUUAUAAUGUACUCACCAAGCGGCAGCAGGAGAACAAUUGA